CUCUCUCUCUCUCUCUCUCUCUCUUCUCCAAUGGCGUCCUCCGCCUCCUCCUUCUUCCUCCCACCCCCUCCUCCAUGGGGGGGAACCCACGAGUUCCGUACCCGUCGACCACCACCACCACUACCCAAGUUCCCCCUCCCGAACCCUCCUUUCCCCUCCAAUUCGAUGUCCCCUCCCGCAAUCCCCAAAUGGGUCCCCUUCAAUUCCCUCCGAUCCCCUCUCCUCAUCGACCCAAUCGCCGAGGACUACGACGACGACGAGAGGAGCUUGGACUACGUCGACGGGUUGAUCGAGUUCCCCUGGUUCGGCUACGAGGUUCCCCUCGAAACCCCCGGCGAUGCCCUAAAAAUGGCCUUUUGCGAGGACCCAGAUUGGUUUCCGGCCGAUUACUAUCCAGCGGUUGCGGAGAAGAGAUUGAGGCGCGGUGGAGAGGGGAGGGCCAAGUAUAAUGCGUUGAGGAGGCGGCAAAUUAAGGCGGAGACGGAGGCGUGGGAGAAGGCGGCGGAGGAGUACAAGGAGUUGGAGAGGGUGAUGCUGGAGAAGAAGCUGGCCCCGAGCUUGCCCUACGUGAAGUCGCUGUUUUUGGGGUGGUUUGAGCCGCUGCGAGACGCCGUCGAGGAGGAGCAGCGGCUGCAGAGGUCGAAGCGGCAGAAGGCCGCAUACGCCGCGCACAUCCGGCUGCUGCCGGCGGAUAAGAUCGCGGUGAUCGUGAUGCAUAAGAUGAUGGGCCUGCAGAUGAUGGGGCAGGAAGAAGGGUGUGUUAGGGUGGUUCAAGCCGCGAUUCAUAUCGGCGAGGCCAUAGAGCAAGAGUUCAAGAUCCAUUCAUAUUUUCAGAAGAGUAAGAGAUCGGGAAGGAGGAAAAAUCAAGGCGAAGAAAAUGAAAUGGUAAGUAAAGAAGAGGGGAAGCUUCGGAAACACGUGAUGAAUUUGGUCAAAAUGAGAAAGCUAACUGAGGCGCAGAAGCUAAUAAAAACUGAGAUUGAGACAGAGCCUUGGGGUCGGGACGCCCAGGCGAAGUUGGGAAGCCGUUUGAUAGAAUUAUUAAUGGAGUCGGCAUUUGUACAACCACCACCUAGCCAAUCAGCAGAUAGUUUACUGGAAAUUCGCCCUGCAUUUCGGCAUGCUUUCAAAACUGUAGCUGUGGAAAAUGGGAAGCUGAGGAACAGAUACGGGGUAAUAGAAUGCGAUCCGCUGGUUCACAAGGGUCUUGAUAGCACCGCUAGGCACAUGGUGAUUCCAUACCUUCCAAUGUUGAUACCACCAAAAAAUUGGAAAGGGUAUGACAAAGGAGGACAUUUGUUUCUACCAUCCUAUGUUAUGCGGACUCAUGGAGCAAAGGACCAGCAGGAUGCAAUUAAAAGUGUUCCCCCAAAACAACUGCGGAGAGUUUUUGAGGCAUUGGAUACCCUUGGAAGUACUAAAUGGAGGGUAAAUAGAAGAAUACUUGAUGUCGUAGAGAGUAUUUGGAGCGGAGGUGGUGGUAUUGCAGGACUGAUCAAUCGGCAAGAUAUUCCUUUAGCAGAAAGACCUGACUCAGAGGAUCCAGUUGAAAUCCAGAGAUGGAAGUGGAGCAUCAGAAAGGCGAAAAAAGCCAAUAAUGAAAUGCAUGCCCAAAGAUGUGACACAGAGCUUAAACUUUCUGUUGCCCGUAAAAUGAGAGAUGAAGAAGGCUUUCACUACCCUCAUAAUCUAGACUUUCGUGGACGUGCGUACCCUAUGCAUUCACACUUGAAUCACUUAAGUUCGGAUCUUUGCCGAGGAAUUCUAGAGUUUGCUGAAGGACGGCCGUUGGGGAAGUCUGGGCUACAUUGGCUAAAGAUACAUUUGGCAAAUAUAUAUGGUGGAGGCGUCGAAAAGCUCUGUUAUGAGGGUAGAUUGGCCUUUGUGGAGGAUCACUUACACGAUAUAUUUGAUUCAGCAGCAAAUCCCAUUGAAGGAAAGUGCUGGUGGGUAAAUGCUGAGGACCCUUUUCAAUGCUUAGCUGCAUGUAUGGAUCUCUCCGAUGCCUUGAAAAGCUCAUCCCCACACAAUGCUGUAUCCCACGUGCCCAUUCAUCAGGAUGGCUCAUGCAAUGGUUUGCAACAUUAUGCAGCUCUGGGAAGAGACAGUUUAGAAGCAGCUGCUGUCAACUUGGUCGCUGGAGAAAAACCUGCUGAUGUAUACUCAGGAAUAGCUGCAAGGGUAAUGGAUACCAUGCAAAAAGACUCUCAGAAAGAUCCUGCUACCAAUCCGACAGCUCUGUUGGCUAAGGCAUUAGUUGACCAGGUGGAUAGAAAGCUUGUGAAGCAAACCGUGAUGACUUCAGUCUAUGGUGUUACAUAUGUUGGUGCUCGUGAGCAGAUCAAAAGGCGACUAGAAGAGAAGGGACUAAUUACAGAUGACAGAUUGCUUUUUAGUUCAUCUUGCUAUGCUGCUAAGGUAACACUGGAUGCUCUAGGAGAGAUGUUCCAAGCUGCACGUAGCAUUAUGAAAUGGCUUGCUGAUUGUGCAAAGGUGAUCGCUUCAGAGAAUCAGCCUGUGAGAUGGACUACCCCUCUUGGACUCCCAGUUGUCCAGCCCUACAGGAAUUACGAGCGGCACCUCAUACGAACUUCCCUUCAAGUUCUUGCCUUGCAACGAGGGGGCCAGACAGUUUCUGUGAAACGACAAAAGACAGCAUUUCCACCUAAUUUUGUGCACUCACUUGAUGGCUCACAUAUGAUGAUGACCGCCAUUGCUUGCAAAAAUGCUGGCUUACAUUUUGCAGGAGUGCACGACUCUUUUUGGACUCAUGCAUGCGAUGUGGACAGAAUGAAUCGCAUCUUGAGAGAACAAUUUGUGGAGCUUUACAAUAUUCCAGUUCUCGAGAAUUUGCUAGAGGGUUUCCAGACGUCCUUUCCAACAUUGACAUUUCCUUCUCUUCCGGAACGAGGCGACUUUGACCUAAACAAAGUUCUCAACUCUCCUUACUUUUUCAAUUGAAUUAUUAUAAACUGAUGGAUCUACUACUCGAAGCCCGCAACUGUUGGCAAGAAUUGCGUCACCGAUGAACCAACCAGAACUCUAUCUCGAUGAUAGGAAACCAAAGCUCUCAUUUUCUGUUGAGUAAUCGUUCGAGUAAGUCUUGAAUGAGCCCCUCUAACGGUUGAUGCAAAUAAACGAAUUUUUGUUCGACGCCUCUGAGCUGUAUAUCCUCAAAGCUGGUGCUGUAGCAUACAAAAGUAAACAUGUACAGGAAAAGGUGAUUUCUGACACAAGCAUACCGAGUUCACGAAUUGUGAAAGUUCUAUGAAUGAGAUUGACGAUAUAUGAUCUCAACUUUUGCUGCUGACGAUACAAACAUGUAUUGGCAAUUGAAGAGUAGGUUUUAAGUGUGAAAUCAUAUGAGGUGGUUCAUAUUUACGGGGUGGAAGUUAUCCUGCAGCUAGUGUUGAAUUGUUAGGCCAUUUAAAUCUGUAUUUCUAGCCAUAAUUCAUGAUGUCCGAUGACUGUUGUAUUAUAUGAUCUAUAACUUUGUCCGGCUAUCCGGCCCUGUAA